GCUGGCCCUGCCUCCCCCCACUCUGUCAGCUGCUGCGAGCCACCCUGCUGAGCCAGCGGCCCCCGGGGGGGCAGGGGGAGGUGACACUCAGAGAUGCUUCACACCAGAGGCUGCUGUGUGGGGAGCUGACGCUGCUCACUCCAUCCAGAGAGAGCGAGAGACCCGGACACUUUGGCAACAGCUCACUUUUGUUCCCAAGAGCUGCUGCUGAAUAAACCAAAUCACUGGUGAAGCUCCGCUCGCCCCUCUCCGCCUGCUCCCUGCAGGGCAAGCGCCUGGCUGGGGAACCAUGUCCAACAACAUGGCCAAGAUCGCCGAGGCCCGCAAGACGGUGGAGCAGCUCAAGCUGGAGGUGAACAUUGACCGCAUGAAGGUGUCAAAGGCGGCGGCUGAUUUGCUGGCUUAUUGCGAGGCGCAUGCCAAAGAGGACCCGCUGGUGACCCCGGUGCCCUCCUCGGAGAACCCCUUCCGCGAAAAGCGGCUCUUCUGCAUCGUGCUUUGAGCCCUGCAGCCAGCGACUCAGCACCCCGCCCAGCUUUAGCAUAGGGGAGCGGAGAGUGGGUCAGAGACUGGGGGGGAGGUCGGUGGGCACUGGGGGACAGAGCAUGGGGUGUGGGCUGCACACCCUGACUGACCUGGGGCGUCUGCUUCACCUGUCCUCCUUUCUCCCCCCCCACCAGUGAACAUUAUCUCUGUGGAUUCACCCCUUGGCUGCUGUUUCCAAGAUCAAUAAACACAGUGCAGAGUUAC